GGCUGAAAUUCCCAAAACCACUUCUUCAUCCCCCACCAUCUAGUUUACUCCUUCCCUCCAAAAACCCUAAAAAAACCCUGCUCCCUCCAAAUUCACACCCGAAUUUCAAAUACCAAAAUCCAGUAAAUAAAUACAACCAUGCGCUCCUCAAUUGCCACUAUGAGAUCUCUCCUCUUUCCUUCACUCCCAUUUCAUCAUCACCGUCACCAGCUCCUCUCCCCUCUCUUCUCUAACCCUAAAAAACCCCUCUUUGAGUUCUCCAUCAAGUCUAGGCCUUCUCGAUUGACCGUUAGAUCCCACUCCAGUAUGCCAAUCAAGGGUUCGGAUCGUUCGGCGGAGGCUCGGUGCUUGUCGGGUGAGAUUCAUGUGAUCGUGGGGCCGAUGUUUGCGGGGAAGACCACGGCGCUUCUCCGUCGGAUUCAGUGUGAGGUCGACAAGGGAAGAAAGGUGGCGAUGAUAAAAUCUGAUAAGGACACAAGAUAUCUGAUUGAUUCAGUAGUCACACAUGAUGGUGUGAGAAUGCAAUGCUUGGCUCUGAGUGAGCUUUCAACAUUUCAAACAAAGAUUGGAGUUGAAGCAUAUGAUAAACUUGAUGUAAUAGGGGUAGAUGAAGCACAAUUCUUUGAAGAUCUCUAUGACUUCUGCUGUAAUGCAGCUGAUCGCGAUGGAAAGACUGUUAUUGUGGCCGGCCUGGAUGGUGAUUACUUGAGGAGAAGGUUUGGUUCAGUGCUUGAUAUUGUUCCCCUGGCUGAUUCUGUGACGAAGUUGACAGCACGGUGUGAGCUAUGUGGUCGUCCUGCUCACUUUACCCUGAGGAAGACUGAACAAAUGGAAACGGAACUCAUCGGGGGAGCUGAGGUUUAUAUGCCUGUAUGUAGACAGCAUUAUGUAAAUGGGCAAGUUGUUAUUGAAGCUGCAAGGCUUGUCUUGGAAUCUAAGAAGGAAUUACUCGAAGUUUACUCUGAGACAGUAGCUCCUUAAUCAAGUUUGUAAUUCCUUGCUUGAGCUUUUACAGUACUAUUGGUACUCUUUUAUCCUUUCAUGUUGUCACUUGUACUUACUGUUCUUAAGAACUAUAUGGACACCUAAAUAUUGUAUUUGCUUUAGAUUAAUGGUUAAGUUGUAUGGACAAAAAUUUCAAUUCA